AUGCAGUCCAAGCUAAUAUUCGGUGCCCUCUUCGGAAUAUUCCUAACAUCUACAUUCGAUCAUAACAGUUCGCAUCAGGAUGCCAUCAUCUUCAGAAUGACGAACGCCGUGUGUGAAAGUUACAACCAGUCCUGGUUCGUGUUCCACACUUGUCGCCUGAAGGCCCUCAGUCGCAGCAAAGUGGUCUUCAAUAUGAAUGGAACGAUAUUACAUCCGGUCAACGAUAUAACAAUUCGUGUCAGAGUUUUUAAAAGGGCAAGUGGCUACAAGCCCUGGCUCUUCAACAUUUAUUUUGAUGCCUGUCAAUAUUUGCGAAAGCCUAAUGUACCCUUUGUUAAAUUAGUCUAUGGGUUAUUUAAAGAGUUUAGCAACAUAAACCACUCAUGUCCGUAUGUGGGUCUACAAAUCAUCAAGGGUUUCUAUCCGAAAACUGAACUUUUUCCCCUUCCCUUUCCAUCCGGGGAUUAUAUGCUCACGGGUCAGUGGUAUUUCGAUAAAAAGCCACAAUUUGAUACGAAUAUUAGUUUUGCAUUUGUUGAGGAUCUCCUAAAGAAUAAUUAA